UGGUGAGAGUCAAGAUGACGUCUCCCUUCUCCUCGUCCCUUUCUCUUUUAAGACUUUUCCACACAGCUUCUUCCACAGUUUUUCCUCCCUUUUUUAGUUUUUACCUUUUUCAAAACCAAAUUCAAAUUUUCUUUUUUUGGGGUUGUAGUUGUCGGUUUACUAAAACAAGCAAAAGAUGAGCCUCCUCCGCUCCUGUGUCAUUUUAAAAUAUAUAUUUCUUUCUUUAUCUGGGUCUGGGUUGGGUUUCAAACCAGGGGGAAAAAGCAGACAGAUAAACAGAUAAUAUCAUAUUAAUAUAUAUAUAUAUAUAUAUAUAUAUGGUCUACAUAUAUAUAUAUAUAUAGCUAGAGGAGGGAGCGAGGGAGGGAAUAGGGAGGGUAAAAGAUCAGAUGCUGUGAUUGAUUGAUUCUGGGUGCUUUUUCUUUUUGGUCACCAAUUGAAGGCCAAAGUCCCUACGCAGCCUACGCCAGCUUCCCUCGUUCAUUCCAUUCAUUUAUAUAUAUAUGCAACACAUCACAACCCACCUGCUGAUUUCAUAACCUCUUUCUUUCCAUUUCUGCACCGAAAAGCUUUUUGGAGGGUACCGCUCAUUUGUCCAUGGUAUAGAUAUAUAGAGGAGAGAUUAAGGAGGGAAGUCAGAGUGAGUAGAGUGGAUCUGGAGAGGAGAUCAUCAUGGUGAGAGGAAAGACGCAGAUGAAGCGUAUAGAGAACGCGACGAGCAGGCAGGUGACUUUCUCUAAGCGCCGAAAUGGGCUGCUCAAGAAGGCUUACGAGCUUUCUGUUCUCUGCGACGCUGAGGUUGCUCUAAUCAUCUUCUCUUCCAGAGGCAAGCUCUACGAAUUUGCCACUUCAAGCGUGCAGCAGACAAUUGAGCGUUAUGAAAGGCAUGGGACAAAGAAUGUUCAUGCUGACCAUAAAUCAAAAGAAGAAAACAUGGAGCAAUUGAAGCAUGAAACAGCCAAGAUGCUCAAGAAGAUAGAGCUCCUUGAAGUUUCAAAACGGAAACUCUUGGGAGAAGGGUUGGGAUCUUGUUCCAUUGAAGAACUACAAGAGAUAGAACAACAGUUGGAAGAGAGCGUAAGCAAUGUCCGAUCAAGAAAGAAUCAGGUUUACAAGGAGCAUAUUGUGCAACUAAAAGAAAAGGAGAGAGCCCUAUUAGCUGAAAAUGCGGCCUUAUGUGAGGAGUGCGGAAUCCAACCACCUAGAGAAUCAGAUAAAGAAAAAGAUAUUUUCAACAACAUAGAAAGUAAUCAAAAUUCAGAUGUUGAAACUGACUUGUUUAUUGGGCCGCCGAAAAGGAGGUCCAGUGUGCCUUGAGUAUGAACCUACGUAAGUUCUUGCAUGAGGGCAUUCCAUCUUAUGCUAUAUAUCUUCUGUUAGACAUAUCAAUGUAUGUCUGAUUAUUAUUGUUUAUUGAAGUAUGUUUGGGUGUAUACCCUCAUCCACGUGCAACCAAUCAUACAAGGAAUGUCAUGGGAAUGAAGGGCAUACAUUUCUUGCUCAUUAAAUCCUUCAAAUGCCUUGGAUAAUAUUAUGAAACAAAAAAACAUUUACCCUAAUAAUACAAUGUUUGGAAGAUACACAUUUAGAUUCA